GCGAGAGGGGAGCGCUCUUUUUUCCUUUUCACUCUUAUUGAAUAGGUUACGGUCCGGUUGAAAUAUUAUCGAUUAUGUUUGUUAAAAACAACCUGAGGAUUGAUGAUAAACAUUUGACAUGUUUCUACGACCAUUACAGAUACUUUUUGGAAUUUUUGUCGAACGGAACGAGGCUGUAGUUUUCUGAACAUAACGCGCAACCCAAAUGGCGUUUUUUUUGUUAUAAAAGUGAUAUUUAUCGAACAAAAAUAACAUUUAUUGUGUAACUGGGAGUCUCGUGAGUGCAAACAUCCGAAGAUUAUCAAAGGUGACCACCGGGGCAUUAUGAAGGAGAGGUAAUUGAAUUUCCAGCCGAGCCCGUGUAAAAAGCAGCUCACUCUGCUUGGAGCAGAUCCUCCCGGAUCCCCUGGCAGGAUGUAAAGAUCACAGGCCUGUAUGGAUGCUCUGCUGGGACCACAGGAUGGGGUAGCCCUGAAAACAAAGAGGCCCUGUUCUGUAUACCCACCCAGGGGUCCAUACUACCUCCCAAAACCUCUAUUUUUUCCAUCGCAACUUUUUUCCCUCAUUCAACUUUUUCACUCCGGACGCUUUAUCUGGACAUGGUUCGUCAACACCUUCAACAGCCGAAGCUAAGUAGUAACAUUAACAUGAUGUCUUCUAAUUGCAGUCGCUGUACUCAUAAUAUACAGGAGAACGAUCGCCUUACGGCGAGAAUAGCUGUGCUACAAGCCCAGCUUCAGACGCAAUCGUUAGGCAAGGGUAAUUUCAGUGUAGGAAAGGAAGAAACAGCGUCUGUGCCACCAGUAAGUACAGAUAGUAACGUUAGUAUAAAUCCCCCCGCACAGUCCCCGCAGCCGGACAACUUUCUCAUGGCUUCUGGAGGGAAAUGCUGUUGGAAUGCUCAACCGGUGUCGCUCAUUCAGCCGACAGAAACUUUCAACCGGUUUUCCCCAUUAUGUAGCGAGUCGGAGUCUGAGUCUGAGUCUUCUCUUGUCUCUACUCCUCCCGUUACGGGGUCUGUGACGCCGAAGGCUCCCACCAUUAGCUCUGACAAAUUGAAAACCCUAGUCAUUGGCGACUCCAUUACCCGCAGUAUUAGACUUAAAACAAAUCACCCAGCGAUCAUACACUGUUUACCAGGGGGCAGGGCUACCGACGUUAAGGCUAAUCUAAAGAUGGUGCUGGCUAAAGCUAAAUCUGGCGAGUGUAGAGAGUAUAGAGAUAUUGUUAUCCACGUCGGCACCAACGAUGUUAGGAUGAAACAGUCAGAGGUCACCAAGUGCAACAUAGCUUCAGCGUGUAAAUCAGCUAGAAAGAUGUGUCGGCAUCGAGUAAUUGUCUCUGGCCCCCUCCCAGUUAGGGGAAGUGACGAGCUCUACAGCAGAGUCUCAGCACUCAAUCGCUGGUUGAAAACUGUUUUCUGCCCCUCCCAAAAGAUAGAAUUUGUAGAUAAUUGGCCCUCUUUCUGGGACUCACCCACAAACAGUACCAAGCCUGACCUGCUGAGGAGUGACGGACUCCAUCCUAGCUGGAGGGGUGCUCUCAUCUUAUCUACCAACAUAGAUAGGGCUCUAACUCCUCUAGCCCCACAAUGAAAUAGGG